UAUUGUAUAUUAACAAACAUAUUUUAAUCAUUUGUACAAUACUUAUCAAUAGUGACACACAUCCUUAUUUCUUUAUCAAAUCUAGGACAAACUAGUCCCACACUAAUAGGAAAUAUUCCACUAUUGUUUUAUGGUACAUAAAAUAUCUAAGAAUCACAAUUAUGUUGCUUGUAUAUAUUUUUCAUUGUUACGAAAGUUAACCAAUUCCUGGGGGUAUGUUUCCAGAGGGGGAACACCGAUGUCCAUCUUUGUUGCAACUUAAAAGCUGAGAUACAUGGAGGUGUGAUGUUUUAGUAAUUUGCGUACCAUAUCAAAUUAAUCCAUUUAAACGGAAUAUUGAGAACAAAUUAAUUUUAACAAUAAUAUAAACAAAGAAAGGGGAUAAUUAACACUAUUAAUUUUCCUUCAAUAUCAUCCUUAUAAAGUAAUUUCUCUGAUAUCUCUGAUAUCAUUGGAUAGAUCAUGUACAUGUGCAUGUACCCUGCACUGGUAUAAGAUCUAGUAGAUUUGAUAUUAUUUCGUAGGAUAAGCGCACAAUGAAAUUAGUAUGACAAAAAUACAGUAAUGGUAUUAAAUCACUCGCGUUACACAUAAGAGGAAUUGAUGUUUCGCAAAUGUAAUAUUGCGUUUAAUUAUUGUGGCAUUGACCUGUGUUCUAAUUACUAAUACACUUUGCAACUUCAUUUCAACGCAUUUGUUUACGUGCAUUCAUAUCACCCGCCAUUGUGGCGAACAUUUGUCAAUGUCACUCUGAAGUCUGGACUCAAAGUAAAUAAAUCGCGUUCUAUUGGUAAUUUACAUUAUAUUAUUAUUAAAUUAAAGUAUAUAAAAUAGUUUUGAGCUUCGUUUAUACAAUAUUGGCACUGACUGACUUCAUGAAAAGGCAAUGUCUCAGAUUUCACAAAUAAGUUUGGCUCGGGAACGAACCUGCAAGCCACUAGUUACAUACGAAGAUAUUACGGAAUUCUUAAAAGAUCCUCCUUCAUGGAGAACGCUAUGUACGGAGUUGAAGCCUCACAGCCAACAAGCUAUUCGAAAUGUGGAUAUCAAUAAAGAUUUUGGAAAAACAUUUUUGGAAACCCCGCAAACUUUCUGUCACUAUACGACGGAAACGGAAGACUUAAUUGAACGUCAAAGUAUAAAAAAGUUACCAAAAACAUUGGUAUGUCACGAUAUGGCCAACGGAUAUCAUGACGAUUGCGUGGUGGAUGGUACAAAUGACCAUGAAGCGUACACGUUCUACAACUGGGGCGGGAUAGACAUUUUCUGCUACUUCAGCCACCACCUCGUGACCAUACCGCCUCUGGGAUGGAUCAACAUUGGUCAUGCGCACGGGGUUCAGGUUAUCGGAACUAUAAUAACAGAAUGGAGCGAAGGUGCAACGUUUUGGGAGAAUAUCUUAUCCUCAGAAGACAAAAUGCGAGACUUUGCCAACGCCUUGGUCUUUAUCGCGAAAACACUCAGUUUCGAUGGAUGGCUACUGAACGUUGAGAACAAGGUGUCGCGGCCGCGCGAGCUGGUGACAUUUGUGCAGCUGCUGCACAGGGAGCUGCACGCCGCGCUGCCGCACGCGCUGCUGCUCUGGUACGACAGCGUCACCGUCGCCGGACACCUCAACUGGCAGAACUGUCUCAAUGAAAAGAACAGGGCAUUCUUCGAUGUGUGCGAUGGCAUCUUUACGAACUAUUCGUGGUCGGAGAACGAGCUGCGAGCGAGCGCGAUGGCGGCCGGCGAGCGCCUCACCGACGUCUACGUGGGGAUCGACGUUUGGGGACGAAAUUUCUACGGCGGCGGCCAGUUCAAUACGCAGGAGGCGGUGAAGCUGGCGCACAGCUACGGGUUCUCGCUGGCGGUGUUCGCGCCGGCGUGGACGCACGAGGCGCGCUCGGACGCCUCUUGCGACGUGGACAUGUUCACGCCCAAGGUUAACACGUACGAGCAGUUCCUGUUGCGCGAGCGCGCGCUGUGGGGCAGCCUGUGGCCCUACCUCAACACUAAGCUGCCCUGCACUUUGCCUUUCGCGUCCUCCUUCUGUCGCGGACAGGGCAUCAAGCGCCGCUUCUAUGGCGAGGUAAUAAGCCCAGGGCCGUGGUUCAACUUGCGACACAUGCAGUACCAGCUAAAUUCAACACACGGUCCCCACGGAUACCUGCUUUCCAUGCUCGAGAACAUCAUCAAUGCUUCCCGCCAUGGCUUGUUCAAGAACAAGGCGGUGAUGACUCGUUGCAGACGGUCCCUCGAGCUCACCAGAAGCGGAUUAGAUACAAAAAAAUCAUUAUCCGUUAACGCUUCGCGGGUGUCCGUAGUCAAAGAAACCAAAUCCGAGACCGCAGCAGAAGCCAACUCCAUUCCUGUCGAGGAGAAAGAUGAGAAGAACGAAAACGUAGAAAAAUCUUCGAGCUCACGUAAAGUGACCGACGCAUUCCGAAAUUUGUUCAAAGUUGCACCGUUCAAGGAGGCGGAAGAUCAGCCCGAGCCCAGCGCGGCGGCGGCCGGUCCUCGCCCCGGCGCCGGCGCGGAGACCGACAGCAACGCCGGCGAAUCCGACAGUUCCAUGGUUCAGACCUCCUUGUAUAUCCGCCUCGGUCAGAACCCUAAGAAAAUUCGUCUGGCCCUGGCGCCCGUGCCCAACGAGUUGGAGUGUCUGCAACCUUAUUUUAAAGACAGUUUUAUCGGCGGGUCAUGUCUCAAACUGAACCCCUCGGACAAGGUGGACCCCGGGCAUCGUUGCCUCAGGCUGCUGCACUGCGACUUUCCCUUCGACGGCGACUUGAUCGCUUGUGUCGUCACUAAAAAUUUAGUCAAACAUCCGGAUCAAUAUCUGAACGUGAUCCUGCGCGUGCUGUCGGCGAAAGGAGAAGAGACGAAAAUUGUGUUAUUCGGAGGAACCGUUUCCGAAGGCAAGAUGCCGCCGGCUAGCAGCUCUUCACUCACCUAUGCCCUGCCGUGUAACUCCAGUCCCGGCUUCAAUGAUCUGCAGAAGUAUAUGUGGCUUAAUGAGCCGGGAUUUUACGUGCCCGUGGAUAACCAUUUCGGUUGGAACGUAAGGUACUACGUGGUGAGCGCGCGGGAGGCGCGCGUGGCCGCCGUGGACUGCCGCACGGCCCGCGCCGAGGGGCCCUUGCUGCUCGGACACUUCGGACUCUGCCAGGACGCAAAGUUGGGGUGACCAUAUCGUCGUGAACCACCUGAACAUUCCAUACACGGCUAUUACUCGUAGCCGGAUAUUUAUCUUCAUGUUGGGAUCAUCGUCAUGUAUUAUGUCUAACAUUUUGUAUUGUAUUGUAAAUUACGUUCUAAUAAAGUAUACCAUUUAA